GAGGCGCUUGGGGCGGCGAGGGCCGUGGAGGCGCCGCCGCGGCCCCGGCAGGCGGCGCUACGUGGCCGCCGCCAUCACCGCUCCCCGCAGCUCGGCGCCUGCUGGGUUCCGAGCAGAGCCGGGGCGGCUGCGGAGCGGCUUCCCGGGUGCGAGGAACGGGCCCUGGGCUGGGCUGAGGUGACGGCGGGAGGCGGCGCAGGGCCUCGGCGGCACCAUGGGGAAGCGGGACAACCGGGUGGCUUACAUGAAUCCCAUAGCUAUGGCCAGAGCUCGAGGUCCUGCCCAAACUUCAGGACCAACAAUACAAGACUACUUGAACAGGCCAAGACCAACAUGGGAAGAAGUGAAAGAGCAAUUAGAAAAGAAAAAGAAAGGAUCCAGGGCCUUGGCUGAGUUUGAAGAAAAGAUGAAUGAGAAUUGGAAGAAAGAACUGGAAAAACACAGAGAGAAAUUGCUGAGUGGAAGCGAGAGUUCCUCCAAAAAGAAAGAGAAAAAGAAAAAGGAAAAGAAGAAAUCUAAUAGGUUGUCUUCAUCUUCCUCUUCUUCAUCAAGCUCUGAUUCUUCCAGCAGUUCAUCUGAUUCAGAAGAUGAGGAUAAAAAGCAGGGGAAGAAACGAAGGAAGAAGAAAUACCGCUCUUCACGGAAAUCUUCAACAAGUUCAAGUUCUGAAUCCGACUCAGACAGCAAGGACAGCACAAAAAAGAAAAGGUCAAAGGAAGAUUAUGAAAAAGAGAAGGAAGGCAAAAAUCACCGCAGGAAGAGGAAGAAAUCUGAUCGUGGUGAUGGACCUUUAUCAUCAGAAUCCUUGUCAGAAUCAGAUCAGACAGAGGAGGUGCAAGCAAAAAAGAAGAAAAAUAAUGAGGAAAAAGAGAAAACAGAUAAAACAAAAAAGAGAAAGAAGCACAAGAAACACGGUAAAAAGAAGAAAAAGAAGACUGCUGGUUCAAAUUCAAAUUCAGAAUAAUAUUUAAAAAAACACAAGACUAUCAACAGAAGUGCAAUGACUAAAGGAAAUUUAAACUGUGAAAUGACAGCAAACUUCACCAAACUGCAUGAGUUUUCCUGUGUUUUAGAACUAUUCCUAAACUUUCAGUAGCCAGCCAGAUGCAGCUGUGCUGGGAAAGAACAUUGUUAUGGCUCCUGCUUAAUACAUGAGGUACACCUUUUAUAAAAUACCAAUUAGCAGUUUUAGAUGUUUGAAACAGUGUGAGAUGGUUCUCCAGCUGGGGUGUAUAAUAUUGGAAAAUAAGAGUUAAAUUUUUUAGAUAGUAAAAGUAGUCUUCUAAAGCAUUAGUAAUAGUCUUUAUUUGUAAAUCAGGACGAAUAAAAUCCCAGGUUCAUCCUGCAGGUUAAUAUUAUACAUAAACUAUUACAAGCUGGUGUCUGCUAGUGGCAUUUACAAAAUGGGAAAAUAAUGAUGACAUUAAAAACGCUGCCUUUGUAGAAAUGUUUAUUAUCUGCCCCAUUACUGUCUUCAUGCUUAUGAGAAAGGGAAUGCUACUGUUUUUGCUAACUGAAUAGGGUGCCUUUGCCUUUGAUUCUUGCAAAUCUCUGCUACUCUAAAUCCUUGCAGCAUCUGUGAUUCUAAGGAAGCCAGAACCAUGGUCAGCAGUUCUGGGCUUCUGAGCAUGUGCUUCUGCAUUAAGCAAGAGCAAUGACAUUUUGCAGUAUAACUGACGUUCAAAACCUGAAGAUUUUACCUCUGCUUCUUUAAAAUAGUGAUAGAUCUUUGCUAGUAAAUAUGCGUAUUUCAUUUAAUGUAAUUUUGGUUUAGUUGAACACUUCUUGCAAACACUGGUAGCUUUCUUUGCUUUAUCCUUAGAAUUGUUUUGCAUGAUUUGUACCAUUUUUAAAUUAACAAAAUACAGGUAAUCAUUUGUUGUAACCAGUUCUAUGAGUUAUGUUCCCUAGUUCUAUGAAUUAUGUUCCAUGUGCAGAGUUUCAUGUUUGUAUUUAGUUAUUAUAGUUAAUUCAUUGCUGUGUUUUAAGUGCACACUUGCUGAAGAUAUUUAGCAUGUAAAAAGCAGGGUUUUGAUACCUUAACAGCUUCAUAUUGAAGCUGAUUUUACUCUAAGCAAGUUCAGUGGCAGAUCUGUUACGUGAUGUGUCUUGUUAGAUAAAAAAAAACUACUGCCAGAAUCUCAUUAAAGAUACUGUUUAAACAGUUUGUAUUUAUAUUUUUGUACUUGAGGGCUACAGAAUGUUGACCUAAAUCAUAAAGCUGUUUUACUUUAAAUUAGUUGCUUUUAAAACUGGAAAAAAAAAAAAAAAAGCUUUUAUAAAUUACAUGUGCACACAAGAAAACACAAGCAACCAUUUGAUUUUAGUUUUUAUGUGAAAUUCUCAUUAGAUCUUCCACUGAAGUACCCAUUGCUGGGCCUCCUGUUAGCUUUUAGCUGCCCAUCCAUCCUCAGUGGUCAACUACAGAUGGCACUUUUGAUCCACCCGUUUUUCAUUGUGCAGGUGCUAACUUAGAACUUACCUCUCUUGCAUGUUUCGAAUAUUAUAUUGCCAAGAAUUUCUAGAACCUUGAAACCCUCAUUAUUUGACUGCAAACCAUUACUAAAAACUGAGGGAGAAAGGUGAUUUUAUAUUGUCAUUCCACAGGAAAAAUUACUCUUCAAGUUAAGUUCUUGGGAAGAUACAACCAUUGACUUGCAACACUGUCCUUCUAAACCAUAGUAAGAAUAUAUGUUACCAGUUGUAGACACUGUUUUGUCAGUGAGGUUAAACUAAAGGCAAGAUGGAGUGAACAGUAGGGGUUUGGUUUGGGGGUUUUGUUUGGUUUUGUUGGGUUUUUUUAGGUUGUGGUGGUGCGGUUUUGGUAAAAGAACUUGUAACGAACCGUAGCAUAAAUACUCUGUCCUGUGUGAUAUUUUAUUUGACUUCUACACAACUACCUGCAACAGAAGAAAAUAAAAAUGGAAAUGCCAGUCCCUGUCUUCCAAAUACAUAAAUAAGCCAGUAUGUCAUUUUAAUUGUCUGAAUAUAACUUUGUUCUGAUCAUCUGUGUGUGCUUGAAGUGCUGCUGUCAUGCUCUGGAAGUGAUGUAGCUGCUCCAUGGGGUUCAUCGGCAAAGCUGCUUCAGUACUGGUAGUGAAAUGUUUCUGUUUCCAGUACCAUAACAAAUACAUAGUGACUGACUCCUCUUGCAUCCUCUUCUAUUCCUGGAGGAAGAGUGAAGUCUGCUCACUUCAGCUUUCCUGGUUUGUACACUCUGAGUCCCUGAGGGGUGCUGUGGGUGUGAGGAGCCACUGGGCAGCCUCUUCCAGUUUGAGUAGUGGGACCA